CCUAAAACAUCGCAUUAAAAAAACUACUUAGCCCUGCUUUCUUUCACACGAUUUGUCGAGCUUUUGCCGUCCGUUCUCCGAGAAUCAGGGGCCUUUGUGUUCUGUUAAUCUCUUUUCCGGUCUCGUGUGUUGUUGAAACAAACCUUUAAAAUCGUUAUCCUCGACGAUAACGCACAAGUACAUGUAUAUUGUGUCACAGUCCAGAUGGUGUAGUCACUCGCGAAUUAUUAAUAAAGUAGUCCCGUCAAUGGGCCAGCGACAGUGGAUAAAAACAGGCACAAUUCCCAUGCAGGUGACAUUCAAUGGCCAGACGUCAGUACGCUCACUGACAACGUAAAAAAACCGCAACACACACUUGGAAUAUCACACAAACACGCGCCCUGCCUUCACGACUUACAUCGCAGCUGUUCCAUCCAUAGUGCUUUCGUGUCGGUGUGGAUCUCUGCAUUCGAACUGUAAACAAGUUUACGCUGAAGUCUGUCAUCACUGAUUAUACCCCACCACCCCAACCAACAUGAAGGCAGAAAUCCAAUGCGCUAUCACCUUCAUCUUGGAGCAACUUUGCUCCAAGAUCCCCCGCCAACAGCAGGACCUCUUCGCCGAAGAGCUGGACAAAUCCCUGGUCAACAAAUUCAACGGCCACUGGUACCCGGAGUCGCCUUGUAAAGGCUCGGGAUAUCGGUGUCUUCGCAUCGGGACCAGGGAGAUGGAUGCGGCAGUGGCUACGGCUAUCCAGCGCAGUGGGCUAGAGACCGGAGAUUUGACCGAGGCACUUCCGCAUGAGCUGAGCAUCUGGGUGGACCCCGGAGAGGUGUCCUUCCGUAUGGGAGAGAAGGGAACUGUCUCUGUCAUCUACCAGGAGAAGCGCCCGAAGGCAGCCGGGCCCAGCCACGUCCAGAGCGAGCCGGAUCUGACCGGCUCGGGCCAGUUCAAUUUCAACCCCGAGGCUGAGGAUUUCCUGCCCAUGACAAUGGACUCACUGAGUUCCUCCAUGAGAGGGAUCUCACUAUCGCCAGUGUCUGCUCUGGGGUUCCAGCCGAUGGUGCCACUGGGACUCCCCACUCCACACCAUCAUCAGCACCUCCCCCACCCUCAGGCUCUCCACCCGAUGCCCCCUGUCGUCCCCACCCCCACCCCAGUCACAGGCAAGCCUCGGCUACAAGCAGCCCCUCUCUCCAGACCCUCAUCUCUUACCUUCACUGCGGCAUCCUUCGCCCAGACCAAGUUCGGCUCCACCAAGCUCAAGUCGGCGGGCAAGAAGGUCAAUUUCCAGCAGCUCUCCCCGACCGAGUUCGCCAACUACAUGAAGCAGCGUUCGGCAAUGAAGGGAUUCCGCAGCCAACGGUCCCCCGUGGGAGGCCGGGAUUUCCCGCUCUUCCAAAGCAAAGAUGACGGGUUUGGUUACUGGGGCGAGACCACCACAGCUCCCCAGUCUUACACCGCUGGUCCGGGGUUCGACUCCCAACCCAACCCCACUACACAAGCCCAUGAGUCUUGGAUGCUGUACGACAGCUUGAAUGCCUCACUACCGUCCACAGACCAAUAUGGCCACCAGUCUCUGAUCGCAGCUAACUGAAAACUCCCAGAGAGACGUCUGGGUCACAACCAGCUAGUUGAUGAUGACAAAAAACAAUGAACUUCCAUAUAAAGAUAAUCAUGAAAUACUCACUAAUUAUUGUCUUUAAUUUGGUCGCUGUAACCAUAGCAACUCGAACUGAAGCAACAGUUCAUGUACAAAAGGUUCAGUUGUUAGCCAAAUCUUGUCAUUUUUCUCGCGCCGAGGGAAAGUCACUUUUACAUUUUUCAGAAUGCAACUCAGCCAAAGCGGCUGUGCUAUCUCACUGAGCCCUUUUGACUCAAUUGGCUUUUUAUAUUAAUAUUGAUAUCAAAUAUAUAGAUGUACAAAAAUCGAGUAAAUAAUUUUCACAAUGAUAAUAUUUUUACAUUCUUUCUCAAUCUAAGUAUCAUAUUUUUUUAAGUUGAAUAUGUAUAAGCAUUCAGAAUUGUUCAUGUUAUUGACAUGACUUAUAAGCAGUAGACUGGUAAAUUAACGAGUGACUUAUACCGAGAAUCUGUGUUAAGUGCUAUUUUUGUCUUGAUCCUAGAUCACAUGCGGUAUGAGGAGGGCAAAUAGGGGCAAAUAUUUUGUGCCACUACACACAGCAUGGCAGGAAUGUAUGAG